ACCAGCUGUGUCCUAAAUCGUUUUCACAACACUGGUCAUAAGAAAUGGCAACAAUUAGGAAGAAAGGACCGAAAUUAAGCGAAAUUAAAGAGAGUAUAACGAAUAUUCUUGAUAAUUUAGCUCAACUAGAGGACCUUAGUAAUGCCAAACCAUCGGAUUUUGAUUUGGGACAGGCGGAAGAGCUACAGCGACGCACGACAACCCUGUUGGAUGCACUUGACCAAGUAGAUGCCCGUAAAGUAGCCGGCAUAACAAAACAUAAAAAACGCCGGCAUCGCUUGGGGAAACAAAGAAACAAGAAACGGAGAUUGAAAGCCAAAAAAUCAGAAGAUGUGAAGAUUAUAGAUCCAAUUAAAAUCGAACCUGGCACUGCUCCCAGCAAUAACAAACCGGCUGAACAUAUUUACCUGAAAAAGCGACAGGAUGCAGCUUCCAUUUUACAGACCUUUGAUCUUCUCGAGAAAUUGUGUGAAUCCCGAGGCGGGGACACGGUCGCCUUGAGCCAGAAACUAUCCCGCAUGCGAAACGUAUGGAAACAAGUUGAAAAUGAAUGCGAAAGUGACAACAUCCAUAGUUCUAAGAAGGAAUCCAGCAUAGAAGCCCAAUGGGACAUGGUAUUAUUUGGAGCAGGUAUCCAACAGGGCAGAGAAAACAAGAAUACAUUCCUGAAGAAUCGAACCAUAUGGGACUCUUAUAUAAGCCAAAGGAAAGGAGCGUCCUGUAUACCCCGUGGAUGGGUGCUACCGCCGGCAAAUCCUACGCAUCCGUGGAUGCAAUACAAAACUGAUUCAAAGGCGAAUAUCAAAGUAGAAAAUCUAGACACACAUAUCAAAAUUAAAACCGAACCUCCGGAAAACUAACAAAAAUAAGUGCCGGGUUUUUGUUUCUGGUCUAAUAAAUGACUUAAUAAUUGUA